GGGAAGAAGAGAAGAGAAGAGAAGAGAAGAGAAGCGAAGAGAAGGCGGGGCUGGGUCGGGGGGCGACUGGCUUGGAUUGGUGUUUGGUUUGGCUGGCUUGGCUUGGCUUGGGGAGAGGGGAUUUCUUUCUUCCUUGCUUUCUUUCUUGCUUGUUCAACUAAUAUUGCCACACUAACACCCAAAAACCGAUAAACUCAAAGCUCAAACCCCCAAAUUUCCCCACCGCAAGACGUAAACGUAAACGUAAAUCAAAUCUCCUUUAUUUGCUUGUAUAAUCGAUUCCUUUCUCUUCCCGUGUCUCUCUCUCUCUCUCUACUCUAUGCAUACAUCUUGGCCAUAUUUAUAGGCCCAAACCCUAAAUUCCUCCCUUCUGAUUAUCCAUCCUUAAAUUCUUUGAUUCAAUCAUUUGUUUUUCUUUCCUCAACAUAAUUAAUUGUACAUAUCUGCAAAUAUUUUUUGGUCUGCUCGGUUCGGUUUGCUUUCGUUUGUUUGCGUUGUGGAAAGGUUUGCAAUUUGUUGUAUUGGAUUGAUUUGCGGAAGCAGUUUUUGGGGGCUUUGUUUUUAUUGGGAAAAAAAGGAGCUCGAUUCAAGGGAAAAGCCGACGGCGAAGUGAAGUGUUUUUGUCGUGAUUCUGUGUGCGUUCUCGGCGUGUCCGGUUUUGGAUUUUUGCGCGCUGUCAAGAGCCGGAUGGAGACACCUGUAUGUUGAGGCCUUGGAACAUGCUUGGAUCCUUGUGCAUUUAUAGGCACAAUCUGGGGUUAUGAUCAGAGUUGAGCGGUGCUUUGGAGAAUCAGAGUGUCAUCUUGCUUCCUGGUUUCUCUUUUUCUUGUGCCGUCGCCCAAGUUGUUUCGGUGGUGCUGCUUCUGGGGAUGAGGAAUGAUAGCCAGAAACCGCCGGGAGCUGUGCCGCGCCCUGGUCGGACCAACGGAUUCAUUCCUACUUCAUUUCGAACGCUCUCGAAUUAUCUGAGGAUCGUCUCUUCCGGCGCUUCGACUGUUGCUUCCACUGUUCGGUCUGCGGCAUCGGCUGCGUCUGCCAUUGUGGAUAGGGAUAACGAUUCCGGCCAGGAUCAAGUUCUGUGGGCUGGGUUUGACAAGUUAGAAUGCAAAGGAGGCAUCACCCGGCAAGUUCUCUUGCUGGGAUAUCUGUCUGGUUUCCAGGUUUGGGAUGUUGAAGAAGCAGAUAAUGUCUCCGACCUAGUUUCCAGGCAUGAUGGACCUGUUUCAUUCAUGCAGUUGUUACCCAACCCUAUAGCAUCAAAGAGAUCUGGGGAUAAAUUUUCCAGUAGUCGUCCUUUGCUGGCAAUUUGUGCGGAUGGAUUUCUUUCUGGGGGUGGUAAUGUUCCAGAUGCUGCUGCUCCUUUUAGUGGGAGCUCCCUAAGUGGCCGUGAUCCAACAAAUGGUGGUUUUAUACCAACUGUUGUUCAGUUCUAUUCAUUACGAUCUCAUUCUUAUGUACAUGUACUGAAGUUCAGAUCAGCCGUUUAUUCAGUUAGAUGCAGCGCUCGAGUUGUGGCUAUUUCACAAGCAGCUCAGAUACACUGUUUUGAUGCUGCAACCUUGGAAAGGGAAUAUACCAUUCUUACAAAUCCUAUAGUUACUUUGAGUUCGGGAUUUAGUGGAAUGGGCUAUGGGCCCCUUGCAGUGGGCCCCAGGUGGCUGGCUUAUAGUGGAAGUCCAGUUUCAGUUUCAAAUUCCGGGCGCGUUAAUCCACAAAAUUUUACCCCUUCUGCAAGUUUUCCUACUUCUGCUUCAAAUGGGAGCCUGGUUGCACAUUAUGCAAAAGAAUCAACCAAGCAACUUGCUAACGGGAUUGCAACUCUAGGGGACAUUGGGUAUAAGAAGCUAUCUAGGUACUACUCUGAUCUCUUGCCUGAGAGCAAUAAUUCUGCACAAUCAGGAAAUGCUGGCGGCAAGGUCAAUGGAACCCAUGGAACCGUCAAUGGCCAUUCACUAGAUGCUGAGAAUGUUGGAAUGGUUAUCGUGAGAGAUAUUGUUGGUAAAUCUGUUAUUGCCCAAUUCAGAGCACAUAAGAGUCCUAUUUCAUCAUUAUGCUUUGACCCUAGUGGGACGCUUUUGGUAACGGCUUCAGUUCAGGGUCAUAACAUAAAUGUUUUUCGCAUAAUGCCGGUGCAAAGCGGAAGUUCUUCUGGAUCUGAUUCUACUGAAACUUAUACGCAUCUCUACAGGUUGCAACGGGGUUUUACAAAUGCAGUUAUCCAGGACAUUGGUUUCAGUGAUGACAGUCACUGGAUUAUGAUAAGUUCCUCAAGGGGGACAAGCCAUCUGUUUGCGAUAUCUCCUUUUGGGGGAGCAGUUCAUUUUCAAUCUCCUGAUGGUUGUUUUAAUGGUAAAAACAGUGCCUCAGGUGUAAUGACCAAGCCUGCAGUUCGCUGGCCACCAAAUUCAAGUUACCAGAUGCUUAAUCAACAGAACCUUUGUGCAUCUGGUCCUCCUGUUAGCCUUACUGUUGUCAGCAGAAUAAGAACUGCAAAUAAUGGUUGGAGAAACACUGUAACUGGUGCUGCAGCAGCUGCAACUGGAAGGAUGGGUUCCCUUUCUGGGGCUAUUGCUUCAGCAUUCCACAACUGCAAAAGCAAUGAUUUGCAUGCAGGUACUAAUUCCUUGAAAGCAAAGUACCAUCUGCUGGUUUUCUCUCCUUCUGGCUCUAUGAUACAAUAUGUAGUGCAAGCAUCAUCUGGGCAAGAAUCAGCUGUAUUGGUGUCUGGGUUAACCACUUAUGACCCUGCUCUGGAAAAUGAUCCAAGGUUAGUAGUUGAGGCAAUCCAGAAGUGGAAUAUUUGCCAGAAGCAGAACCGGAGGGAGCGAGAAGAUAAUAUUGAUAUAUAUGGUGAAAAUGGAAAUUCAGAUAGCAGUAAAAUAUUUCCUGAGGGAAUAAGAAAUGUUAAUAGUGAAAACCCCGAUGGUAAAUUUAAGAUUAGCCCAGAGGAAAAGCAUCAUUUAUUUAUAUCUGAAGCUGAACUGCAGAUGCAUCAAGUCCAGAUUCCAUUAUGGGCAAAACCUGAGAUAUACUUCCAGUCCAUUACUGUAAAUGCCAUCAGAAUGGAUAGGGAAGAUGCUUCUGGAGGGGAAAUUGAGAUUGAGAAGAUACCAACUCGUAUGAUUGAAGCAAGGUCAAAAGAUCCAAUUCCAGUUUUCGACUACCUUCAAACCCCCAACUUCCAGCAGGCAAGGACCCCUGCUUCAGAUUGUAAUACUACCAGGCAGCUCCGUCAUCAAAUGUCUGGGCUGUCUGAGAAUGGCAAGCUUUCAAGCAGGAGCAGCUCUGGCUCACUUGACUCCAUGACUGAUGGUGGUGCUGUCAUCACUGGACUUCACAGUGGUACCGAAAAAACUGGGUGGGAAGGUUUUCGUAUGUCAGCAGAAACAACCAAGGGUUUUGUAGAUAAUACCGACAGCCGUAAAUCAAACACCCGGCUUGAGAUUGUAAAUAAUAGAGAGAGCUCGGUGAUGGAAGACCAAAUUAAGUAUGUAAAUAAUAACAUAGAAGGCCUGCAAAUGGAGAAUCAAUUCAAGAGUGAUGGGGAUGAGUUUGACUAGAGGUGUGGAGUAAUUCUUUUGUUCACCUGGAAGCUUUGUUAACAGUGUUAAUAUGGUGGGAGGAAGUACAGUGGUGAUGAGUGAUGAAUGCUAAGCGGAAUUGUGGAUAGACUGUUUUUGGCGUAUCAUCCAUCUUUGGUUGACAUUGUAAGUAACAGACAAAAGGGGGGAUCGUGUGUAUAUAUAUAAUAUGUAUGGAAUAAGCAGUGCUAUGAUGUAAAUAAUAGAAUUCAGUUACUAUAUAUUUUCCUUUCCUUUGCUGUUCUGUUUAA